AUGAACAACGCAGCAAAUUUAUACACUUUUCUAAGUAAACAUUGUCCGGCUCUCUCAAAAUUAUGGAUAAUGGUUGUGAGGCAAUUGUCUACAAAGGUCCAUUCAAGAUGUGAGCACCUACGUCGAAUGUUGGAUAUUUCGGACGGAUUGACGGAUUUCGAUUUGCGCUGGAAGUACGACGCCGGUUUGCUCAACUCACGUGAUCAGCAAUUGCUGAUGUUUCUACAUCAAAUGGAAGCAAUUAAAGAGCGCGCAGACACGCCUGCGCCUGGAGAGGCAACUUUAGAAUCCUGGAAAACUCGCAGGCCUGCGCCCGCUCUGAUGUGCUGGAUUUCGAAAUUUGAAAGUGGCAGUACUCUUAAUUGGGGCAAGGUCGAAAAGAGUGGUACUUCAUCCUGGCUUUGGAUGCCUACCUUGAAAUCCAACAUUGCAUGCCAUCAGGACGGAACCCCUGUGUAUAAGUACAAAGGGCUAGCUCAGAUAUUUGAUGGUGAACCGUGGUAG